AUGAAACAAUUUGGAAACUUAGCUUAUAUAAGGGGAAUACUUUAUUUUAGAUUAUCGCCUUACGAACAAAAAGCGUUCGCUGGUGCUUUUAAAAAGGGACUUCCAAACCUAGUGCCGAGAACAUUCAUGACGUUACCAUACUGGUUGCCUCCAUUUUUAAUUGCGGGUAUGGUCUAUCAUUGUGUAGAAGAAGCCUAUCGUAAGUCAAAGCGCAAGAAUCCAAAAGAUUACAUUGACGAAGUUGAUCCCAAUCCACCGCCACCACCCGUCAUUGAAACUAAAGAAAAAUGUUCGUAA